CUCCGAUCGAAUCAGAGAGCUCCCUCCCCCCUUUCUCAUAUCAAAAUCGGCUUCGAUUUUUUUUUUUAAUAACUCGCUGCCGAAUUUGCGAAACUUAUUCAAUCUCACUUCAAAACUCGACAACUUUUGAAACUUGGUAUUUGAUGGGUCGUCGGAUUUGAAUAUUCUCCUCCGCCCACGAGAGUUGAAAUUCCGUUUUGGGGGGGUGGGGAUUAACUAACGGGUCUUAUUAGGGUUCUUCUUCUAGAGACAAAAAGAUGAGCGUUGCGAAAUCACAGGUGUGGCAGCCAUGCAAGAAGAAGCGAUCCUGAAGAAGAAGAGAUCUAUCUCUACCCUCCACCAACCAAUCUAACAAUCAAUCAAUCAAGAUGAUGGCUUCUCGAGCUACACCUUCGCGGUCGACUCCUUCUCGAUCGACAACUUCUUCAGGGACACGUGUCGGUAAGUACGAGCUUGGGAAGACUUUGGGGGAAGGAACCUUCGCAAAGGUCAAGUUCGCUAGGAACGUUGAGAAUGGAGAGAGUGUUGCCAUUAAAGUCAUUGAUAAAGAGAAAGUCUUGAAAACCAAAAUGAUCGCUCAGAUCAAGCGUGAGAUUUCGACAAUGAAACUCAUUAAGCACCCUAAUGUCAUCCGUAUGUAUGAGGUGAUGGCUAGCAAAACUAAGAUCUACUUUGUUUUGGAAUUCGUUACUGGUGGAGAGCUUUUCGAUAAAAUUUCAAGUAGUGGGAGGUUGAAGGAAGAUGAGGCCAGGAAGUACUUUCAGCAGCUUAUUAAUGCCGUGGACUAUUGUCAUAGCAGAGGAGUUUAUCAUAGAGACCUUAAGCCAGAGAAUUUGCUCUUGGAUGCAAAUGGUGUUCUGAAAGUGUCUGAUUUUGGAUUGAGUGCUCUACCUCAGCAAGUCCGGGAGGAUGGUUUACUUCACACAACAUGUGGAACUCCCAAUUAUGUUGCUCCGGAGGUAAUCAACAACAAAGGUUACGAUGGAGCUAAGGCUGAUUUGUGGUCUUGUGGUGUGAUUCUCUUUGUCUUAAUGGCUGGCUAUUUACCUUUUGAAGAUUCCAACUUAACCUCGUUAUAUAAAAAGAUUUUCAAAGCGGAAUUUACCUGCCCUCCCUGGUUCUCUGCAAGUGCUAAGAAGCUAAUCAAAAGGAUUCUGGAUCCCAAUCCAGCAACGAGGAUUACAUUUGCUGAAGUCAUUGAAAAUGAGUGGUUUAAAAAAGGGUAUAAAGCACCCAAAUUUGAAAACGCCAACGUCAGCCUUGAUGAUGUUGAUGCUAUAUUUGAUGAUCUAGGGGAUUCUAAGAAUCUUGUUGUGGAGAGGCGAGCAGAAGGACCUAAAACACCAGUAACUAUGAAUGCUUUUGAGCUCAUCUCAACAUCCCAAGGUCUCAAUCUUGGUUCACUUUUCGAAAAGCAAACGGGGCUUGUUAAACGAAAAACUCAGUUUACCUCCAAAUGUCCGGCUAAUGACAUAGUCACCAAAAUUGAGGCGGCAGCAGCACCUAUGGGCUUUGAUGUCAAGAAAAAUAACUACAAGAUGAAGCUAAUAGGAGAGAAAUCAGGCCGCAAGGGACAGUUAGCAGUCACAACUGAGGUUUUUCAAGUUGCUCCAUCGCUUUAUAUGGUUGAAAUGCGAAAAUCAGGGGGUGACACCUUGGAGUUCCACAAGUUUUACAAGAACCUUACCACGGGUCUUAAGGACAUUGUUUGGAAAACAAUCGACGAAGAGAAAGAGGAAGGAACCGAAGGUGGCAUCAAUGGUGCAGUGGUCGCUUCUUGAUACCGGACAAUUGUGAAGCAGUUUGCAUAUGCUUUUAUUAUAGAUUUUUGUUCUUUAUAAAUUGCUAUGGUACUUGGGUUUGCGAGUGGUUUUGAAGUUAUACAAAAGGAAGCGUCAAAAAAAGUGGAGCAAAGCUGAAAGUUUGAAACUAUAUUAUUUAGUGGGAAUUUUGAUAAAUUUUUAUAAAAUCUUUGUUUGAUUCCAUGGAAUGUUGUGAAUAUCAUAUGCGUGUAUCCUAGCUUGAAAGUGAAAGCUCUUUCUACUUAUUUGGAUAUUUUUAAGAAUCGCUUUUGCGCCA